AUUCCCAAAUCAGGAGAUGCCAAGAAAAAGAAUGAAAAAAUUAACAACUUGGUUAAUAAUGACAAAUAUUUAUCAGAUGAAGUAACAAUUAGAAAGAGACACAAAGAUGAGCGAAAACAAGUGGAAGCUGAUGAUAACUCAAAUGAUGAAGCUUCAGCUAAGAAUAAAAUCAGUGAAGAGAACAAUGAAAAUUUGAACAUGACCAAAAAAAGGACGGCAAAUGAAUCACAACAAUUAUGUACAGAAACAAUAACAGAAAAAAAGAAGAAAAAGAAAGAAAAGAAGAAGGUUUCUUCUGAGACAGACAAGGUUGUAGGAGACAGUGAAAAGACAAGUGCUAGGGACUUAGCUUUGGAAUAUCUGAAAAAGUGGCAUGAAAAUAGAAAACAGUGGAGUUUUCAGAAAGUGCGUCAGGUGUGGAUUCUGCAACACAUGUAUGAUACACAGAAGGUACCAGAUGAGGAGUUUAAAAUACUUUUGGAAUACAUGGAGAAUUCUAAGGGGAAGGCAAGGGAGAAUACAAUAAAACAAGCAGAAGUAGUGAUUGAGAAAUUUGAAGAAACAGAUAAUGACACAGCAGCUAAAGAGGGCUAUAUGCGAGCAAGACAAGUCCUGCAGAUGCUAAGCUGACUAUAAACACUCAGACAAUAUAAAUGCUUGGAGACAGACAUUUUUCAUUACCCAAAAGGAGAUAAAUGCAUAAAGUGAUUUUUGAUUAGGCCUUUAUUUCUAGUUUCUAAAAAUGUGUGAUAACCUCCUUACACAGGCAACUUUUUAUGAGCUAUCAUUUUUUAAAUUCCCCUCUCCAUUGGAUCUGUCUGUAUGCAUUCUGAUCACUUGUGUAUGUCUUUUGUCAUUACCAUCUCUGAUGCUGUCUGAUGUGUUAGUGAGUUGUGCACCAUAUAAUUGCCAAACCACAUUGUUUGUUUUACUGUAAUUUUACUGGAUGGCUUUGUGUGAUAGAAAAAGAGAUUGUUCCAAGAAAAUCAGCAAGAUCAAAUUAUUAUUACAAAUGUUAUGCUUUUUGCAUGUAUUUUGGUGACAUAACAAACAUAUGAAGCAUAGGGAGAGGCUUCUGAAGUCAGACAUAUUGAGUGACAGCUAUUGAUAUACACUCUUGAUAAAAAAGCUUGUUGCACCUCUUUCAUGUGACUGGAAAUAAUCACAACUGUAAACCAUUUUAAGUAAAAUUAAGUACAGCUAUUUUUAUUCCAGAUUUAAACAACAACACGCAUUGCCCCUUUAGAAAAAUUUAUCAGUUACUAACUACACUAGGACUGAAAAAAUCACAAC